AUGAUUCAUAUGCAUAUCCUGUAUAUGUUUAUUUAAUUUGAAUAGAUUUAAUUCACACUGUCUCUUAACCCUUCGGUUAACAUUGCUUGUCCACCAGUAAUAUAGCGGCACAAAUAUUAGCGCCACACUGGUUCCCUUGACCAAAGGUUUUACAAAAAUAUGUCAUCCUACGGUUGCUCGAUUUUACCCAACCACUGAUUAAAACAACCCACAUAUUUUAGGGUUAUAAGCUGGAUACCAGUUUCUCCAAAAAUUACUUUUUGUCUCACCUUGACUGUUGAAAAGUCCAGAUAAGCGUCCAAUGACCUCCUUUCCAUUAAUAGGAAAUCAUUUUUGGGGAUCAAGAACGUGUCCAUACAUUCAUAAACAUUUUCAGAGGUUUUUAUCUCAUUGGAUAUCCUUUGUGGCCUUUGUUUCUGCGCAGCAUUUGAUAGCAGAGCUUUAGGAAUAGCAAAAAUGCGUGCAUUCGGCACAACUUCUCUUUCAAGCAAGUGUCUGUUGUCCUUUCUUUCAUUAUCCAGCUCACUUAUAGUCUCAUCAUUUUCAAUAAUAAUGUCUUGUUUCACAUCUGACAGAUAUUCAUUUCCGUCCUCUGUUUGGUUCUGCUCUGUUGUCAUCUGAGGAACAUGAAGCUCAGUAUCUUUGUCUGGAUGGACAACAUCAUCUGGCAUUGCUUGUUUACCAGCGUCUUUCUGAGGUGAACUGGUUUUGCUGGGCAAAUAAGGCAACCAUUCCUCGCCAGUAAAUACUUCCUCCAUUAAGUUGAUUGGUUCAAGGUUGAGUUCAAAGUCUCUUAAGGUGAACGUUCUUUUGAAAAUGAUCAUACACGUUACAUAGAAUUUAACCCUGCACUUAACUUCAAGUAGAUGUACAGUAAAAUGUUAUUAUGUGUAUUGUUCUUUAACACCAUGGUUUAAAGAAGAGCGUGAUAGCGCAGGUGAUAGCGCAGCUAGAAGCCCAUUGGUCAGACAAACCUUAGAUUACUUUGCUGUACAUGAUUUGUGUUUCUGGAUCUGCAUAUAUGAUAACACCCUUCACUAACAAAGAAGUUGUGCAUUUACACCUUAAACGAAAUAAACUAUUGCAGAAAUGUUGAAGAGUAUACUACUUUGGCAAGUUGGCAACCAAUGAUUUGUUACACUGGACGUCACGUGGUCUAGAUUGCGGAAGACAAACAAUGUUUUCAGACUUUGUACAUAUCCCCUCAACUCCACAGCAAUUUCUACAAAAAGAUCUGUCUUUUUUUAACUGAAUGUAAUCAUGUCAGCGGUUGUUCACGUCCUGAUACCCUUCGCGCUUUGCAUAGCGCUUGCAAACACUGACAUAUUCAACGAAGUUCUGGUGGACGUUACUUACGAUCACUAUGCGGAGAAAAAAGUCGACAAUCUGCCCGCCUUCCUGGCUAUGCCGUUUAACUGCCUGAUAAAUGUAGGCUACAUAUUAUUGGGUAUAUAUUGGCUCCUUCAACCGGUUACAGACUGUAAAGACAGCCGUGCAGUCGCCUACGCCAAGAACGUUUUCGCGCUCAUGGCAAUCGCAUACGGGCCCGUGCAGUGGGUGCGCUUGUCCACCUUGCGCCGCGCACCGUCAGUUUUGGACCAGUGGUUUACUUUACCAAUUUUUGCAUGGGUGCCGGUGUGGUGUAAUGUCAUUGUCAACGGUUGGUCGUCUCGUUACACCGUAAUAGUUGAAACGUGUUCAAUUCUCAGCUAUGGACUGGCGGUAUUACACGACCGUGGAUUUGAAGUUGCGUUGGGUUGCCACAUCGCCUUCGCAGUGUUUAAGGGUGUCCAAGCGCAGAAGAGUCACGGAGAUACUGUGUCCAUGCGUUACUUUUGCUCGGCUGCGAUUUCCUGCUUUGGUUUUGUGGUUCUGAAGCUUCAGGAUCAUUCUCUUGCGGAGUACUGGAUGUUUCAAAAUCUCACCGGACAUUUCUGGUCCAAAGUUUGCGACAUUCUUCAGUUCCAUUUUUGUUUUUGUUUUCUCACUCACCUCAGUAAAAAAGUCAAAAAAACUUCAUAAACGAUCAUGAACGAAAUGUUGGCGUGUAGGCUAUAAUAAUAUGGAAUAAUUGCAAUGUACACACUUGAAGCAAACUCCUGCUUGACAGUUUUUAAUUAAGACUGUUAUAUAUAGACAAUAUGUUAACACUUUAAAAUAAGGUGUUAAUUAUUAACAAUUAGUUAUUAUUAGCAUUAGGCAAGAUGAACUAUCAAUGAACAAUUAUCAAUGUUAGUUCAUGUUAAUUUCAGCAUUUACUUACUAAUACAAUAUUGAAAUCAAAGUUGUCAACAUUAGUUAAUGCACCAUGAACUAAAAUGAAUAACUGUAUUGACAUGAAAUAACAUUAACAAAGAUGAAUAAAUGCUGAAAAAUAAAUCAUUCAUUGUUGUCUAUUGUUAGAUAAGGCUUCUAUAAUGUUAACCUAUAGCACCUUAUUGUAAAGUGUUACCGAUCAUGUUUAUAGAUAUGGACGGGGAUAUGAGCCUUAUUUUGUUUGUACAAAGAAGGUCUACGAAUUUCUCAAAACUAAUGUACAGUACCUCAGUAAUAUUCACAGCAGUCCACACCUUUCACUCUCCUACCUUUUUUUAUGUGGGUGAAAUUAAAGCAUUUGAUGUUGUUAUUGUCACAUCAAGUCUUUAGCAUACCAAUAACAUAACAGUUCAUCUUAAACAAGACUCAUAAAAGCUUUUGAUAUUUACAUUUAGGGAUUUAGCGGACACUUUUAUCCAAAGCACAAUUUAUGCUUACUAUCCUCUUUAAUCCGAAAGGUGCACAUAUCUAAUUGCAUAAUGUUAUAACAUACUGACUUGAAGACAAAUUUUGAACUUGAUAACUAAAAACUGAUUACUGAUUACAAGAUGUGUUAUAUUCCCA